AUGCCGAACACACCGCCGCCAGCUCUGCUUCCACCCCCGGAAGGCAUAUUUCGAUCUUUCGAGGAUCUUAUGGCUUCGGUUCAGAGGGUCGCCAAAGAUCAGGGAUAUGGAAUUGUCAAGCUUCGCGCAUCUAAUUAUCGAGACGGAAAGCCGACGCGUUAUGACCUGGUAUGUGAUCGGGGUGGAGUCAAGUACAACAGUACAGCCAAGAAGCGCAAUCCCUCCACACGCAAGAUCGACUGUCCUUUUCGUGCAAAAGCCGUAUGCGAGGUGCAACUCGGAAAUCAGUGGAGAUUCGCUUUGCAGGAGCCUCGCCAUAAUCACGAACCCCGCGUUCCAUCUGGAACACCAGGCCAAGAAAAUGCACCAUUAGCAACGACUAUUCGCUCCUUCACAAACAAGUUGGAUCGGCUGAGCCAUGACAUCGCUCAAGGGUUUAUACGCAUCGAGCAACGGUUGGAUAAUAUCGAGAAGCGAAUGGAAAACCUGGAGGCUCGAGCGGGUGGUUACGAACCCCGAUUCCAAACGAUCGAGUCAAGACUACAAAAUAUGGAGGGGCCGCGCAUGGAUGGCAUGGGAAUGGAUGACGUUGAGUCGCGCCUAUUGGCCUCUACGGUCAUGUAG